UUAUCAUGCGCUCUUGAAAUGAGUAAACUUCAAGUAGAUAUUACUUAUUCACAUCAGUUAACUUCUAUAACAUCUACAAUAUCAGAACCUUUAUUUGAAAUUGUUGAAGACAAUGAAAAUAAUGAAAUUAACAAUCAAGAAAAUAAUGAAGAAGAUAAUGAGGAUCAAAAUUAUAAAAACUUAAUGGAUGAUGAUGAAAAUUUAAUAGACAGAAGUGAUAAAGAAUUUGAAAAUAAAUAUAUUAAUCAAUUAAAUUUGGAAAAUGAGUUUGAUGAAUAUUUACAAG